GUCGUCAUCAGACGCCGCCAGCUAACGGCGAGAGCCACGGCCCGUGGCUUUCCAUUUCUCGUUCAAUCGGAAGCCUCUGGCGCAGAACGGGACCCAAUCAGAGGACAGGGAGCGUGGAGCCGUUCCCCCUGAAGGAAAGCGGGGUCGGGUUUAAGGCCCAGCUCCAGGCCGACGGUGGAGAGGCGAAGGGCGGUUGAAAAAGUGUUGCUUCUUGAAGGAAGCUGCUUCGGGGCCUGGUUAUGGCCGCGUCUAGCCGAUAGCUGGGGAGGCUGGCUUUUACUUUUCCGGUUAUGUCCAGUCGAGCAGUCUGGGAACGCGUCCGAGCGAGGGUGCAGCGCUUCCCUGAGCUGCUGGCGAGUUGUGGGGAGCAGGCCUCAGUUUAUGGCAAAUGUAUUGCAUCCAAUACUACUGAACAUGGAAACUUGAAAAAGGAUGUGUGUGCCAAGGAAUUUGCAAUGCUGAUGGAUUGCUUCACAGAAGCUGCAAAAAAGAAUGUAAAGACUUGAAAUGGAUACUGAUGGCAAAUCUGGGAUUUAUAGUUGUUUUCAGCACAGAAGAAUAAAGAACUUUUCCAUCUGUCGUUAUAUUGAGGUCCAGAAAUGGAAUAUUUCCCAAUGUGCCAAGAGCUAAUGGCUUUUCAAUUUAUCCAUGUGUGUACUGUAAGCACAUUCUGGGAAACUUUUAAAAUGUAAAACUCAGUGUGUGGGGGGUUUAAUUUAAACAUGGGAUGAACAGUAUAAUUUUUCAGAGUGGCAAGAGGCAAAGUUCAAUGCCGAGAAGUAUAAAGCCAGAAAAUAUAUAAAUACCAUUUAAUUCAGAUUUUUGUAAUGUUAGAGUUUCUAAUAGCAAAUAUGUCAGGUUCCCUUUGGUAAAAUAUGACAUUAAUAUACCAGCGGCCUUUUCCUAUCAGCGGAAUGUCUGUUAAAUUAGCUACUUGUACCAAUUUUGCCCUGAGGAUUUACUAAUUCCCUUCUUAUUUACAGGAAUAAAAUAAGAUACUCCUGUAGAUCUUGCUUAAGCUACUUUAUAUAUAUUGUUAAUUCUGGCUCCUGAAGAUCUGGGGCAAAGAAAGCCCAGCGUGGCCAACUGCCUAACAGUCAUUGGUCAUUUACCCAAAAAUAUCCAGUUAUGGUAUAUAAAAAAUCCUGAUAUUUGCAACUUUGAAUAUUUGAUUUCCCUUCGGAAUAUGAAUUUCCUCACUAAAGCUUUGGGGAAAAAAAUCUAAUCAGUGAAAUUGCCUAAGGACCAAAAUGUGUUUUCAUAUAUGUGCCAAGGUUCCACGGAACAGCUCAAAAUCUGACUAGUAACAACAUGAAGAUUGGGACAGAACUGUACCUCUUGGUUGGCUAGGAACACUAGGCCUCCAUGUUAAGGUUCCAGAGUUUCUAAAACUCCUAAGUGAUUUGUCGGACUCUGAUCAGAUCUAGAGACAAAUAUCAACUAGGUGGAUUUCUAGAAUGCAAAUUUGGUCACAAAACACAAAUGUUUGUCUUUGUAUGAAUGAAUGUUUAUGAAAAUAUUAAAUGGAAGCAGUUUGGUCUAGUGA